AAGUGCGUAUUGCGGACCACCAAGGGCAAGUCAAUCAAAAAUGAACUCCUGCUGAAACUCUCUUUCUUUCUCUCCCACACUCUAAAAUCUCAUUCUCACUCAUCAUCAUCUUCAUCAUCAUCUUCAUCAUCACCUCAGUUGCUGGUUAAAAAGGGGUCAAAAAAUGAGUCUAUUGAGGAAACUAAUCAGAUCUAAUGGAGUUUUAUUACAUAGUCUCAAACCUAAUCAAGGAGGAGGAUCUCAAUUUCCUCGUCAAUCAACAACACAUCACUUCUCAACUCAAUCUGAACAACAACAACAACAACAACAGAGACUCAAUCAGGACAGUGCUGUUGACCCCAUUCUCCGCCAACCACCUAGAGAAGGUAGUAUUUAUGCGAAAUUGUACGGGAUUGGGAUGUUUACUACGAAGAAUGAUGUGAUUAGUUAUUUGGAAAGCUGUAAUUUGAGUAGCGAAGAUAUCAAAGUCCAAUACAAUGGCCUAUUCCUUCCAGUUAGCAUGGUAUUGCAAUUUCCAUCACAUAGUGCAUAUGAGAAUGCGGUGAGCAUAAUCAGGAGGAAAAGUCGGGUCUACCACCACAAGAUCGAAAAGGUUGCCCCUGCCCACUGGGGUUUUGACUCUUAUGAUGGUAAAGCUGUGUUAAUACAAGGAGUCCCUCGCAAUGCCAUCUCAGAGGACAUAGAGCGCAUGUUGUCUGGUUGUGAUUUCAACUCAUCCAGCUUGCGGUUCAUCUGGAGGCAAAAUUUCUCAGACUCCAUGAAGUUCGCUAUGGUGCAAUUCCCUUCAAAGGUUGAUGCAAUGAAUGCUGUCCUUGAGAAGAACGGAAGUUUCUGUCUGAAUACUCAGAUCUCGAUGCGAGUUCUUCACUAAAUAGAACCGUUCUUUCUUUUGUUCAUUACAAGUUAGCAUUGAUGCAGUAGGGUUGACAGUAUAGAUUUCAGUUUGUGCUAACAUUCAGCUGAGAAGAGAACUCCUAGUAGUGAUGACUGAUGACCUAAAUGAGGCUGAAUUAUACUUAAAUUCCUGACAGUGGCUCUUUUUUAUUUUCUCGUGAUGAAUUAAAUGAGCUUCUAAUGUUCGCAACUUUCGAAUAUCAUGAGCAUCAGCACUUAUAGUGCCAGUUUCAGGUAGAAUAGUGUUUGCAGUUGCUUAUAUUUUGUGUAGUAUCAAUUCUCAUAACACCUUGAUUUUCCCACUUAUUCAA